AAAUAUUACUUUUUACUGUAUUUUUGAUCAAAUAAAUCCAGCUUUGGUGAGCAUAAGAGAUUUCUUUAAAAAAAAAAAAUGAAUUUAAUAUUUUGUUCUCAAUAUUGCCACUGUGUUGUUCAAUGAAAUAUGAUGUGAAGCAAGACAGUUCAUGACAGGAUGAGGAGACGUUCUUAUUUUACACUUACAAAGAAUAUGUGGCAGGUGUUUCUGUUCUCACACAUUAUAUAUAGAGCAGAAUCACCUCCACAGAAGCAAACAGGUGGAAGAUCAUGCAUGUUUUAUAACUACACCUUCCUCAUCUGUCUGCCAGUCAGCGUCUCCAGGCAACAGAGGUCAGAGGAGAGCAGCAUCAGGUGCAGUUGCCAAAACAGGAAAACACAGGAGAAGUACUAGUGAGUUGGGAAUGCUGAAUGAAUAUAGAUUUUGACUGAAGAACUGUUGUGCUUUUGUUGACAGGCUAUUGCUUUUUGCCUUGUUUUUGAGAAUUUUGUAUAAACGUUGUGUCCUGAACAAAGCUGAUCGAAGGCCAUGGACCACAUAAGCCAUUUUGGAAGUCCAAUGCUGGCUUCAAUCUGACUUCAAUGGCAAAUCAUGAGAAGUAUCUGCCUUCUACUGAUGCUGACAAUCACUCGAGUUCAGCUGUCGUCACUCUGCCCCUCUUCCUGUUUGGUGUGUACUGAAGAUGUCAUCAUCUGUCAUAAACUCUCAAGAAUCAUUGAUGCACCAGGCUCUACAAAAGCUUUGAUGCUCACUGAUGGACUCAUUGAUUCUGUGGACAACAUGGUUCUUUCUGAUUUAACCAACAUGAGUGUUCUGGCACUCAGCAACAAUGCCAUUUCCAGCAUCAUGCAGAAUGCGUUUCAGAAUCUCACUUUCCUUACAACACUGUCACUGGACCACAACCGCAUCUCCAGUCAAACCCUGGACAACUCCACGUUCUCCUGGCUUCACAGACUGGAGACUCUCCAGCUGGGUAACAACAAUCUGAAAGACAUUGAUGGCUCCUGGUUUCAAAACUCUAGAGCUUUAAAAACACUUCAGCUAGAGGGGAACCACUUCACAGUCUUGAACUCCACCACCUUUGCCCGCGCGGACCUGAGGAACCUGGAAACGUUGGACUUUUCCGACAACCUAAUUGUGUACAUAGGCAGUGAUAGCUUCCAAGGGAUGCCUAGUCUCCGCAGCCUUGAUCUGUCCCGAAAUCAUCUACGCAGCGCUCCGGAUGCCUUCUCAUACCUGUCGUGGCUCUCGGUGCUGAACCUUGAUUUGAACCUCUGGAGCUGUACGUGUGAGUUGAGAGAGCUGGCCUUAUUCCUCAACAGUUACAUUCAGGCUCCUGAUAAAGUGUUGUACAAUGGGCAGAGGAUGGUGUGUGUGAAUACAGAUAACCCAGCUGUGCAGACUGUGCUGGAGCUGACUGAUGCUAACUGUGUCCCGCCAAACAGGAAUAUCACAGUGGAGGUUGUGGCUAAAAGUAAUAACACGUCUCAGCAAUACAUUAGAAAUGUUGCUAUUGCCAUUGUGUUUUCAUUUUUUGGUGGUGUUGGGAUCACCUUGGGACUGAUUGCCAUUGCAUACCACAAACUCAGUAAGAAAUUUAAACUUGUUCAGGAGGAGGGUAGAGCUGGAGAAAGGAACACGUCCAGUCCAGAAUCAACCCAGUGGAAUUUCUGCGAAGGCAAGGACACUCUAUCUAUGAGCCAUGCACUCUACAACAGCAACUACAAAUCCCAUCAGCCCUGGGAGAGAGAGGACUCUCCUUAUCUGGGAUCAGACGCACUGGAGAAUCAUUUCACCUGCCACAAGUGCAGCUCUACAGCCCUUGCCAUAGGAAAGCACAAAAGAGAGAUUGUCCUGCAUGGAGCCAAUCAUGUGGGUGAACAGAUGGCUAAUCGCCAACAUAAAGGGAAUGAUCAACAUUCUGUGUUGCAACAAAGAAGCAAAGACACAAGUGGACGGAGACACAAUGAGAGCAAGUCAGGAGUUUCAAACAGCCAUCUGGGCAGUCAGGAUACUUCUUCUCAACGUCGUGGGGGUUCAAAAGACAUCUCAGCUGUCAGAAUACGCCAGCUGGCCCUCAGUAAUCAUUUCUCAGCCCUCCAGAGAGGCACGUUUAGACCCCCAGACCAAAUCCACAAUGAAGUAACUCAAGGAAAUCACUCACUGUUAAAACACCAGGCUGAGGACAUCAGCUCUCGGCCGAUUUACCAAACCAUCAGCUGUCUGCACUGUCAUCAGACUUACGAAUACAGACAAGCUGGGAGUAACAAGCAGAACUUUCCAUUUACAAAUCACGCACAGAAUACUGGAGAACAAAUGUAUGACACUAUGCUAUACAGAGACAUCUUGGGUUAUGACAAGUCAAACGCUGGGAGACGUGAUGAGAGUCAAGCUAGUGAGCUGGGGUUUAAGUUAGCUUCUCAAAGGAGCGUCACGUUUGAUCUAGCGGGGCCCGAGGAACGUGUCCUCACCGUAAUGGCUGACAGACACAAGCAAGAAAGUUGGAUGAAGAGCUCUAAAACAUCUGCACAGAAAAGCCCCCGAAAGCUGGGUAAGACUAAGAGCGGCACACAAGGACAAUUAAAAACCCACAAACCCAGAGGACAAGCAAAGAGGACACUAAAAGUUAAAUUAAAUUUAAACCCCCUUCGAAAAAACAGAGUUCAUCCAAAGUCCAUUGGUAAGGAAAAUAAUGAAGAGGACAAGAUGUCCAAAAAGUCCAAGAAGGAAAAACUGAGAAGCAAAAAGGACAAAAAAGAUGUCCAAAGAAAAGACAAAACUAGCAAAAAAUCAAAACAUAACACUGAAGGCUCAGGAAAUGAGGAAGAGAAAACCUCCAAAACUAAACACGCUAAAAAAGGAAACAAGGAUUCAAAGUCCACAUCUAAGGAUACAGAUGAAGUCACUAAAGAAAGAGGACAAGAGCAACAAAGCUAUAUUCCUGUUGAGGGGGAAACUCUGUUAGAGACUGUCUUCAGCAGUAGAUCUGAAGCUCAAAUGGCAUCAACAAUCCCGCUGACACUCAGUUUAACUCUUCCAGAUGAACACAACAGUCUAACAGCUCAAUCAGACCCUGGUGUUCUGAAUGCCGCUGACUCUCAGCAGCUAUCCAAUCCAAAUAUUGCACUUCCUGUGAGUGAAUCUGCUUGCUUCACAGGAUGCGGUGGAUCAGUCCAAUAG